AUGGUCACUCCUACGUCUAAACCGAAUUCGAGCUUCUCGAAGGUAUAUUUGACCAAGAAUAAUUACUCGGGGCGGUCUCUUCACCCAAACGCCAAGCGACCUGGAAAGAGUGCUGAGGAUUCAAAUCAGGAAGAAGACACCCGGAAUGUUGAGGGUUUUAAGGCGGGUUGGGAUGAGCGGAUAGUGAACAAUGAGGACAUAACUGCUGAACCCGCCAGUUCUCCGGUCAGUUCUCUCGAGGACCAAGAUAAUGAGAUUCCGCCCGGUUUUGAGGAUUUUGACAGCGCAGUUGGAGAAAGGAGGAGGUCACAACGCGGGAAGAAAGACUUACGCGGUUCCGAGUCUCCUACGUUCAGCCGCAAGAGGAAUGCCGAUGACAUGGCGCACAUAUCUCAGACUGAUGCGGAGAAGGAAGAUUAUGUAUUCGGCUGGUCACAAAGUCAGAAGAAGCGCAAACAAGGUUACUCUGGAAGGAGAAGCGAAGGCUCUUUGUGGAAGGUGCAAGGCUCUACGACCACCCCCUCUCUGUCAAAGUCAUCGCCUUCCUCAAGUGCUUCAGAGUCAAAAGCGGGUCGCAGCUCACAGAAAACCAAAAGCAAAUCCAAGAAUCAGGCUGCCGACAAGGCUCCAAGCUUUAUGGUCCCGCCAGAUAUCGACGACCUUCUACCUUCAUCAUCUGGAACUCACACGAAGCCCGAGUUCAUUGUCCCGGCGUCCCUUCCUAACGAUACGAUAUCUAGCUCUUCUGGAUUCGCAUCAUCCGCUCAAAUAUCCCACUUCUUUGAUUCUGACGACGACUGUUCAAGUGGCACAUCGCUCAGUUCAGUGCCAGAAAACUUGCUGGAAGAAUUCUCGCAGAUGGAGGAUGUCUUGCUCUCUGACAUGGACGACUCAGAAAAUGCCGAGUUGAAACCGUCGUUGUGUCCCUGGUGCAAGAAGGCUGUCGAUUCAGAUGCUCUGAGGAAGUUUCGGGCGCAACCAAAACAGCGGAUUCGCGAGCAACAGCAAUUCUGCGAGUCGCAUCAAACGGAGACGGCGGAAAAAGAAUGGAAAGAGAGAGGCUAUCCAGACAUUGAUUGGGAUACUUUCGAUGAGCGCAUCAAGUGUCAUUUCGACGAUCUGGACAGUAUCUUAGUACCUGAAGGCAAUUCAUACUACAGAAAUGUUCUUGAUACUAUGUUGAAAUCGGGAAAGGCAAAGAACUUCCGCCUAACACUCGCCGGAGACGCCCUAGAGACGAUCUGUUGCGGUUAUUACGGGACUCGAGGGGCCAACAAAAUGCUACAAGCUCUUACGGCGCGUUUCUCCCGCAAACUCCGCCGUUUGGCAGCUGAGGACCACAUCGUCAAGACAGCUGGACCUGUUAUCUACGCUCAGGCAGUCCUCGUACCUGAACUGGCCGUCAGGCUUGUCAAAGAAGAUAUGGGAGUAGAUGUUGACUCGGCACGACAAAUCCUGCGAGAGAGCAUUGAGAUUGGCGAGAAGCUGAACUUCGCCCCGAACGAUGUGGUCCCGAUCCCGGGUGAAUCGGACAAUGCUGAUGCGAUCAUUGUCUAA